GCCCUCCGCCAGUGCGUCGCACGACUGGCCGACGACCAGCAGCUGCUAAACACACACACUUCGGCUCUGAUUUUGUUUGUUUGUUAUUCGUUUGUUUUUGUUGCUAAAGGUGAAGUUAAGAAGACCUUCAAGAUUUCGCGCAACGUGGUUUACGCGGCGAUCGUCCUUUUUUUCGUUCUUUUUUGGUUGCUCAGCGGCCUGUUUUUUGAAUGGUGAAGAGCCAUGGGCUGGCCCACUCGAUCGCUGCGCGUCGCUGGACUCCUCGUAUUCCUGACAUCUCUGGGUCCCGCCGCGCUGCAAGAGGCCAACUGCACAACGCCGGACAAGUUCGUCAGCUUCCAACCGACCAACGCCAGCCGCUUAGAGGAAGCCAAGUACCGCAGCAAAGAUGAUCAGCGUCUCAACAAGCACCUCGAAGACCGGGAUUUUGACAAAAGAUUUGAUGAUGAACUGGAGGAAGAAGGUUCGAGUUUGGAGUUGAAGGUUCGACCAUUGAACAGUAAGGUUGAUGAUGAACAUCCGAGUAGACAAUCCGUUGAACGUGGGGAGGAAAUGAAGCACAGAAACAGGUACCAGGAUAAGAAGAAAGUAAAUAGAUACGAUGAUGAACGUCAGUCAAGUCGAAAUUUCGAGGAUCAACAGUCCAUUAAACGUUUAAACGAUCAACAUGAGAGCAGGAAUUACGAAGAUGAAUACCCCACAUAUCAUUACGACGACCAUCUUACGAGACCUGUCAAUAAUCAACAUCCUAACAGGAAUCUUGAUGAUGAACGUCCUUUUAGGCAUUAUGAUGGAGAAGAACCUAACAGACAUUUUGACGAACAUCCUAUGAGGCCGAACGAUGACCAACGUUCAACCAAGAAUCCUGAGGUUGAACGUCCCUUCAGGCAUUACGAUGAUGACCAUCGCGAAGAUGAAAAUUUUAUUGACGACAAGUAUUAUAACAAAAAUACACAUGAUCAGAAUUCGUAUAGAAACUUGGAUGGUCGUGUAAAGAUCGAUCCAGACAAUGAAUAUCAAAGCACAGAUCAUCCUAAACAGGAUUUGGACAGACAUCCCGUUAACCAGUAUCCCGAUACUCGCUUAAAUGACCGUAACUCAAACAGACGUCUGGAUGAUCUACACCCUGACGUAGGCAUGAAGAAUCAAAAUUUCGAAAGACACAUCGUUGACCAACAUCCUGACAGACAACCAAUCAAUAAAUAUCGUGAUGAAUCACAGCCCAACAAAUACCGCGAUGACCUGAAACCGAAGUACCGUAAUGAUUUAAGCUCGAAUCGACGUGUAGAUGAUCCAAAGUACGAAAGGCGACUCGAAGAGCCAUUGCCUGAUAUUGAAGAUCAACAUCCUAACAGAAGGCCAGAAAAGGAACAUCCAAGCAAGAAUCCUAAUGACUUGCAUUUCAACAAAAAAGUAGAUGAUAAGCAUAUCGACGAUCGUAUUCCUAACAGAAAAUCAGACGAUCCCAAUUUUGAAAGACGCGUAGUCGAGUCCAGUUCGGAUAGACAUCUGGACGAUCUUCAUCCAGAUCAACAGAUCAACGAGCAGAAUUUCGAAAGACGUUUGGUUGAUCAGCCACCUGAGAGACAUGUCGGCGUCGACGUACGUCCGGAUAGACGGAUUAGUGACGAAAAAUUUGAUCAGAGAAUUGUUGAUCAAAAUCCAGAAGAUCGACCACAUCCCGAGAACAACGGUUUGUACCCAGAACAACGACUGGAAGAUAAAAAGGUCCUCUUCAUCGAUGACACGACCUUGUCUCCGAGAAAGGAGUCAAACAUCUCGCACUUGAUGACGUUCAAUCUGCCAAAGGACUGGGACGAAAGCAAACCAAAGCUGGAUUUUCCCAAGAAAUACGGCGAGGAGAGAUAUAGGAUGGCAACGCUGCACCUCGACAAAGGCCUCUUCGCCUUCGACUUUCUCCGGCACUUCCUCUCGAUCAUCCAGCCUCGCGAUUUUCCUUUGGAUCUGCUGAAAGACACCAUAGAGGGUAGAGUAAACAUCUCGACGUUGAUUAAGCAGUCGAUACACGUGGAGCUAGUGUUCAUCGCCCUGAUCUCGGUAUUCGCCGUAUUGAUGUUCGUCGUUCCUGGCACCGAGUGCUGGCUCUGCUGCAGGCCUCGGCAGUACAACUACCAGCGGCGCCGACACGGCACACUCGUGUUCUUCCUCUGCAUGUACGCCAUGAUCAUUGGGGCUUGCGUGGUGACGAUGCUGAUCUGCAACGAGGAAGUAGCCGGGGGCAUCGAGAGGAUACCCGAGACCAUGGAAGCAGCUCUAGAGGACCUGAGGGACUAUCACGCGGGUACCGCUGUACAGCUGCGCAAGUGCCUCACGAGAAGCCUCGACGUCGCCAGCGAAGCUGUGCUCGCCGACUUGGACAACGUUGAGGACCUACUGGGUAAACCGGUUCAGGAGCAACUGUCAUCGGAGACUGGAGUGGACGUCGCCCUGGAAGCGCUGAUGGACGUGGCGAACGCCACGACGGAGUUGGCCUACAAGACCGACGCUCUGCUGAAACGCGCCGAGCGAGCCCGAGAAUUCGGCGCAGAACUGAGCCGUGAAGCCGACGAAAUCAGGCGAGAUCUGGAACGAACGUCUCGAGAUUGUUCUCCGGAGGACCGAUCGCUUUGCGCUGUACUAGAUCCGUCAGGGCUACACCUGGCGCUGAGGCUGGAGAGGGUGGCGAGGGACGAUCGGCUGCUACGACUACGGCAAGCGGGUCGAGAGAACCUGACGGAAGCCGGUCGACAGGCGCGCGGAGAGUACCUCUACGUGCCACAUCACGUAGCCAGAACGACCCUGGAGGCGCGAAACCAGAUCCGUCGCGAGAUAAACACAGCCAGGGCGAAGGUGUCGGACGAGGCUCGAAGCAUCGAAGCCAGUGGCUCGGACCUGUCGAACCAACUGGACACGGUCCGACGACUCAAUGGCCAGAUUCAACCCUACGUGCGCAGUUUCGAGUACACGAUGUGGUACGUCGGAUUCGGCACAGCCAUGUGUGUGCUGCUGAUCUGGCUGCUGCUCUUCGGGGCUCUUUGCUGUCGCUGCGGCUCCUCCGAGAAUAGAGUGCGACCGACUCUUUUAUGGUUCGCUUUCUUCGGCUGCCUAGUGUCGAUGGGCUUGUGGGUGGUACUGACGAUGACGUUAGCCAUCGCUUCGCACGCGGAGAUGCUUCUCUGCCGACCGCUGGACGAUCCCGAGUACAGGACCGUCGAGGCUGUUCUCGAGACGAGAGCUUUCCUCGGCAGGAGACUCAGCGUUCCGCUCAAGGAUCUGUUCGACAGGAAGUGCGACCAGCACGACUCGGCUUACCCCGCUUUUCAACUGGACAACAGCCUAAAGCUCGAGCAGUUAACGGCCCACUGGACCUGGACGCAUCUGACUCGGGCCUUCGCCAAGCUCAAGGUUGACCUGACUAGUCUGCGAAUCCUCUCGCCAAAUCUACGCGAACGGCUCCAGAACUUGCUCUACGCAAGCGGACCUAAUCUCACCGAGCACCGAAUUAUGAUACAAGGACCGAUUCUAAACAAAGACCUCAACGCCCUGUCGGACCAGGUGGAGAACGUGGCUCGUCAGCUGAAGGACCGUCGCACAGCCCGGAGCUUCCAGACACUGGGGGCUCAGAUGCGCGACCUUCUCUCGAGACGAGUCAAGCCCCUGAUGAAGAUGCAGGACGAGCUGGUGUAUCAGCUCGCCACUCUAGAGCUGCACCUGCAGCCCCUGCAGCAACAGGUCAACCAGACGCUGUCGCACCUGCGCAACGUCCAGUACUUCAUCGACAGCCAGGGAGAGAAGAUCGCGCAACUUAAAACAAAGGCCUACGUCGAUAGGCUCGGCUAUUAUCUGGACCAGUGGCGAGCGCACGUGCUCACCGAAAUGAGCUCCGGAGUGGCAAAGUGUCGACCUCUCUGGGACAUUCUCCAAGGCAUAAAACUGCUCGUUUGCAGUCACAUUCUCGGGCCACUGAACGGAUUUUGGUUCGCUACUCUCAUUUGCGUGGUAACGAUGUUAGUCUGCAUCCCGUCGGCUCACAGCCUCGCGUCCACUUACUGGCGACAGCCAUCCAGCAAGGGAUCAGUCCUCCUGUCGUCGAGACAGGGAACCCCGGACACCGUCGUCAUGGCUCGGGAAACCUGGAGGACGCCGGAUCCUCCACCGUCGAUGGAUAGUUGGUGAUCUACUUUUCGACGAGACGCUGUCGUCGAUCUUUUUACAAAGCUGCCAAAGAAAGAGAGAGAGAGAGCAAAAAAUCAACUUUAUGCAUAUAGAUUUUAUUCACAUUCACGUCUUUUUCCAAUUUUCGUUUCAUCCUUCGACGCGUCGAAUUUUAUAUUAUUAAGCCAACGAGCCACUUUUGUUAUAUCAUUCUACAUAAAUAAACGACACGUAAAGUGUUACUUUUUAAAA